AUGGCUCACAAGGGCCACCUAGGUAUCGCCAGAGUGAUGCAGCACUGUCGCGACGGGGUGGAGUGGCUGGGCAUCGACAGAGACAUUGAAGUCCUGGUAAAACAUUUUAUGUCUUUUGUCACGGUGUGUGGAAACCUCCUGGUAAUAAUCUCCAUCAUCUACUUCAAACAGCUGCACACUCCGACUAACUUCCUCAUCUUCUCUCUGGCUGUGGCCGACCUGCUUGUCGGGAUUGUAGUCUUUCCUUACAGCAUGGCCCACUCAGUCAGCUCAUGUUUGUAUCAGGAAAGCUUAUUUUACAGGUACUAUGCAGUGUGCCAGCCGCUGACAUACAAAACUAAGAUCAAUCAUCAUGUUGUUGUUGUCAUGAUCCUGUUAAGCUGGGUGGUUUCUGCUCUUAUUGGAAUCGGUGUGAUAGUUGCUGGAUUAAACAACGAUGAAUGUGAGGACAUGUGUUUAACUGAUAUUCUGAUGGCCAACACUAUUGGACCUAUAUUAUCAUUUUACCUCCCGGUGGUCAUAAUGCUGUGUAUCUACCUGAAGAUUUUCCUUGUUGCACAGAGACAGGCACGGAGCAUCCAAAGCACAGUUAAGACCGGAGAAACUGUGAGUAAGAUGGAGAGGAAGGCCACUAAAACUCUGGCUACUGUUCUGGGAGUUUUUCUUUUUUGUUGGACUCCAUUCUUUCUUUGCAUCACAUUUUUGCCUUUUACUAAUGAUUCAGUACCAGUUCCUGUGAUUGAAACCCUGAAUUGGCUCACACUGUCAAAUUCAAUGCUGAAUCCGUUCAUUUAUGCUUUCUUUUACCGCUGGUUCAGAUCAGCCUUUAAAAUGAUUGUUUCUGGAAAAAUAUUUCAAGGUGAUUUUGCUAACUCAAAACUAUACUGA